AUGGAAGACGACAUACUCAUCGUCGGUGCCGGUAUCUUCGGAGUUAGCACAGCUUACCAUCUCGCUCUCAACGCCACCAAUCCCGCCCGUAUCACGCUUCUGGACCGUGCUGACCCUCCUUCAUCCAUUGCGGCAUCCACCGACAUCAACAAGAUCAUCCGAGCAGAUUACUCCAACCUCCUGUACAUGGACCUCGGGUUCGAAGCCAUCAAAGCUUGGAAAACCCUCCCCUUUUUCCGCGAUGCUGGAGUGUACCACCAAAGUGGAUGGAUUGCGAUGGACGAAAAGGACAGCGACGCGCCGACGCGCAUAAGGCAGAAUUUCCGCAACAGCGGUCGCGAAGACGUCAUUGAGGAUCUGACGGACGAGGAAGUGCGGCAGCGAUGGAGCGUGCUUCGUCGGACGGAUUGUACGCCGUUUGGGUCGUUUUACUAUAAUCCCUCGGCUGGAUGGGCUGAUGCGGGACAGGCGUUGCAGGUUAUGGCUCGGGAAGCUGUGAAACUUGGGGUUAAUUAUCAGGUCGGGGAGGCGAGGAGAAUCGUUUUGGGGAAUGGGAGGGUUGAGGGGGUUCAGACUGAAUCAGGUCGCGUCUACAAGGCUGACAAGGUUCUUCUGGCGACGGGAGCUUGGACGAGUCAAUUGAUGUCUUCGGUAGAAGAUGAGCUGGGACUGGCCGAGGCUCAGAGAGUGGAGAGUCAAAUCUCUGCUACUGGGGUUUCGGUUGCUCAUUUUCAGCUGUCCGAGUCGGAGAAGCAAUUGUAUAAUCAGCUGCCCGUGUUUGUUUAUGGAGGAUUAGGCGAGGUGAUUCCCCCGACCGAGUCGGGAGUUCUCAAAUUCACCUUCUCGACUUCAUUCAAAAACACCAUCCAGACUCCAUCUGGCCAUGGAAUAUCGGUCCCGUCAUCCCAAAAUCAAUGGGAAGUUCCGAAGAAGCUCCAGGACGAUUCAAUAUCGCAGAUUCGUGCCCGACUCCCGCAGCUGGUGGAUAAUGACCGACGACCAGAUUACUACCGUCUUUGCUGGGACUCAAUUUCUUCGGACCAACAUCCUCGUAUCACCAGACAUCCUGAACCAAAAUUAUCAAAUCUGUAUCUUGCGGUUGGUGGUUCAUUCCACAGCUACAAAUUCUUGCCCACAAUUGGAAAUUAUGUGAUGAAUGUGGUGAAUGGAGCCAGCAAUGGGUCGAAGAAAGACGAGGCCUGGGCGUGGAAACAAUCUCAGGCAAACGAAAGAGGAGUCCAUGAGUCGCUUGUUCCCAAGAACGAGCUCGCGGAUUUUGAGUGA